CCCCCUCCCCUUCUAUUACUCUCCCUCCUUCUUGCUGCUUCUCUCAGCCAGUGGCUCUGAAAUGCUCUUGGCAUGUGGAGAGAAACACUUAUUCCCUUUGGCCCGUGAGUGACCAGCAGCACCACAGAGAGCUGGACAUUAAGAACAAAGCUACACGGCUGACCUGAGACCUGCAGACCGGAGGAACGGAGAGUGAACGUCUGUCCAGUCGAGGCCCCACACAGACAAACACACACAUACCUCAGACCCAGCUGGCUGAGCCUUUUGCUGCACUGAUCCGGGACCAGGGCUUAUCAUCUUUGGGCCAGCAGGGGUGAAACAGGGCCACGGCCAACAGGACAGAGAGAGAGAGAGAGAGAGAGAGAGAGAGAGAGAGAGAGAGAGAGGUCGAGGGAAGGCUAAAGGAAGGAAAGGAACAAGCGAGAGCUAAGAAAGCCAGGGACAGCCAAUCGAGGUACUGCUGAGUGAGCCCAGCAGUAUGGAGAUGGAGAUGGAGAAAUUGAGCGGAAGGGGCUCCAAGCAGAGCGCGGCCCCCACAACACUCAUGAAAGCAGCCCUCACAGGGUCAGUGUGCCUUUGCCUGGCUCUGCUGAUUGCUGUCAUUGCGGUCUCACAGAAAACAACCAAUGAAGAAUUCUGCCUAUCGUCGGAGUGCAUUGAAGCAGCUGGAUCCAUCCUCAACAAGAUGGACCUCUCUGCCCAGCCCUGUGAAGACUUCUACAAGUAUGCAUGUGGAGGCUGGCUCCAAGAAAACCCCAUUCCAGAAGAUUCCUCCAGCUAUGGGAUCUACCCCUGGCUCCGCCAGAAUGUGGACCUCAAGCUGAAAGAGCUCCUGGAGCAGCCCACUACAAACAGUGACAUAGAAGCGGUGAAGAAAGCCAAGGUGCUCUACCGGUCGUGCAUGAACGAGACUGCUCUGGAGCUGCUGGACGCCAAGCCGCUGCUAAAGGAGUUGAGGAAGCGGGAAUUCCGCUGGCCUGUACUUGGCAAUGUGUUGGGUGCUGACGUGCAGUGGGACGAGGAAAAGUUUGAUCUGCUACAUACGCUGGCUCAGAUUCGCACCCAGCACAGCAAAUCUGUCCUGGUGCGUCUGUACGUCUCGCCGGACGACAAGAACUCACAGCGUUACAUCAUCAAGCUGGACCAGGCAUCUUUGGUUUUGUCCAGAGAAGAUUAUAUCACCAACACCACUGAGGCACAGGCUAACCGAGAGGCUCUCCUGAGACUCAUGGUGGAUGUUCCCGUCAUGCUGGGAGCCCCAGAAGAGGCAGCAGAACAACAGAUGAAGCCGGUGCUUGACUUUGAGAUGAAACUGGCUCAGAUAAUGAUCCCUUUUGAGAACCGAACCAGUGAGAGCAUGUAUAACAAAUACAGCCUGUCCAAACUGCAGCGCACAAUUCCAGAGUUUAACUGGCUGAGUUUUGUGAGAGCAUCGAUCGACUCUAAGCUGUAUCCAGAUUUGUCCAUCUCAUCAUCUGAGCACACUAUAGUGCGUGUUCCUCAAUACAUGAAGGACCUCUUUAAGCUCCUCAAUGUCACUGACAGCAGGACUGUGGCCAACUACGUGGUGUGGAGGUCAGUCCUGUCUAGAAUCACUACCCUUAGCAGGCGCUUCCUCUACCGAUAUCUGGACUUUGCUCGAGUUACCACAGGAACAACCUCACUCACGCCUCGCUGGGAUAAGUGCGUGAACUACAUUGAGGGCACGCUCAUGUACGCCACCGGACGCCUCUUUGUUGAUAAACACUUUCAGGAGGACAAGAAACACAUGAUGGAGGAGCUGAUUGAGGGCAUCCGGUGGGCCUUUAUUGAUAUGCUGGAGAAAGAGAACGACUGGAUGGAUGCAGAAACAAAGAAGAAAGCAAUACAGAAGGCCCAUGCAGUCCUGGCUAAAGUGGGCUACCCAGAGUUCAUCCUAAAUGAUACCUACAUCAAUGAGGACAUUAAACGGCUGUCAUUCUCGGAGAAGGAUUACUUUGGGAACGUUAUGCAGACUUUGCGUUUCAUCUCGCAGGCAGACAUCGGCUGGCUCAGAAAGAAUGUGCCUCGCACAGAGUGGUUCACCAAUCCUACAACUGUCAACGCCUUCUACAGCUCCUCCACCAAUCAGAUCAGGUUUCCAGCAGGAGAGCUUCAGAAGCCGUUCUUCUGGGGACUGGACUACCCUCGAUCAUUAAGCUAUGGAGCAAUUGGUGUAAUUGUUGGACAUGAGCUCACUCAUGGUUUUGACAACAAUGGCCGGAAAUAUGACAAAGAUGGUAAUCUGGACCAGUGGUGGAGCAAUGCAUCGAUCGCUUCCUUCAAUGACAAGACGCAGUGCAUGAUUGAUCAAUACAACACCUACCACUGGAAAGAGGCGGGAUUAAAUGUCAGGGGGAAGAGGACCCUGGCAGAGAACAUAGCUGACAACGGCGGCAUGAGAGAAGCAUUCAGGGCCUACAGAAGGUGGAUCGACAAGGAAAGGUCGGGGGUGGAGGAGCCGUUAUUGCCAGGAGUGGGUCUGAGCAACAAUCAGCUGUUCUUCCUCAGCUAUGCUCAAGUACGCUGUAACUCCUAUAGGCCAGAGGCAGCACGAGACCAGAUUGUAAGUGGGGCCCACAGCCCUCCCAAGUACAGGGUCAUUGGUGCGAUGAGCAACUACGAGGAAUUUCGUAAAGCCUUCAACUGCCCUGAGACAUCACUGAUGAACAGGGGGGCAGAGUCCUGCCGGGUGUGGUAGCACUGAAGAGGAGAACAAGCUUGUGAACAUGGUCCAAACCUCAAGCCUUGUCCUAGGUCACCUCGUUCGACCUGGGGAUGGCACUGACCGACACUACCCACUCUGGAGCAUCUUGCCUAAGGUCCUCUUCAACUGGAACACUGAUUGGACACACUCACAGCUUGAACUCAUGCACACGCUGUGAGUGUCAGUCCACUGUUCGUUCCCCCUCACCACUGUCUGCUCUCUGCUGUCUGAUGGACUUCACUCAAAAAGUGAAAAGGCAAACUUGGCAAUCGGCCAUCAGACGGUUCAAAGCGGCUUUGGCAGAACUCGUCUUUUUGUGCCGAUUUACAUCCCGUUUUGGUUUGGUUUAUCUUGCAAUACAUGGCAAUAGAGAAGCAGGAGCAGGUUCUAUAGGAGUACAAACACGUGAGUUCUAUUACAAUUUGAUACCUCCCCCACUUCUCUCAUGGAAGUCCAAAUGGGGUCCAGUACUGCUUGUACAGUAGCAUUUAGGGUAGCAUACAUGGUACAAUGAUGGCCUUUUUGAUGAUAAUCAAAAGCAACCUUUGAGGGGGAAUUCCACAAAUUUUCAUGGCUUCUGCAUAACUCAGCCGUUGAGAUGUCAACAAAGUCAUUCAGAGGAGUUUGAUGUGGCAUGUGCAUUGUAAAGACUUACAAUGGUGACAGGAACCAGGGGUUGCAAUAUCUACAUGGCAAAUGUAGUCAUUUUAUUUACCAGUGAAUAACAUGAAUAAUGUUAAAUUUAGGUACUAUUUUGCCUUACCCCCUACCAUGUACCCCUUCACCUUAAUUUUAUGCUUUACAAUAAAACUACAGUAAAACCAUGUCUUUUUUCAAGAUAUGCCUUUGAGAUGAGUCUGGUUCAUCCCUGAUUCCUGAAUUUCCUGUGAUGUUUCCUGUAAUAUGGCACACAGAUUUUGUCAUAUACUGGAUACUGUACUGUAUAUUACCAGGAAGAGUAGCACACUAAUGCAGCAUGCAGUAUGUAAUAUAACAGUUUGCCAUUUCGAGCACAUGCAAUGUCUCAGGCAGUAUAUUUCACAUUAUAACUUUCUGUGUGGUAGCUUUCAGAGUCAGGUAGCUUUCAAUGCUUCGGAUAUCUGGUUCCGAUCACCACCUCUGUAAAACUACAAACAGAGCAUUUCAUAUCCGUUGAUUCUGAAUGACUUUGUUUACUUCUUAACCAAUUAAUUAUGCAGAAAUUGGCAAAAUUCCCCUUUAAUUGUAAAUUAAAAAACUGAAUUUUAAUUUAAAUGUUGAAAAAUGCUCUUGUUUCAGUAAGAAAGCACUGUACCUUUUGUGUGUACUGACUGUAAUAUAGUAAUAAUAAUUAUUAUUUCUCAAGACUUCUGAAUUGCCUUGUUGUACACAAAGUCAUGUAAGCUGUCCUUGAUCAAUUUUAGCUAUAAUUCUGUAUGGUGAUAUUUUAAAUACAAACAAAAAUUUUAAAUCACAGAUUAAAAAAAUGUUCAGUAGA